AUGUGGGCGCCUCAGGCUGUCAAUGGCCCCUCCCCGAUGGACUUUGAAGCGGCGCCUUCUUCUCGCGCUGCGUUCAACGAGGCUACUGGGGGCUCUGCUGCUGCUGCAGGAACAGCUGCUGCUGUUCCUGCAGCACGGCGAGACAGGCCAGGGGCUUCUCCUCUAGAAGGCCUUCUUGACUUUGACAGCAGUGAAUUGCCCCCUCGAGACCCUCUCUGUGCGUCUCCUGCUGCUGCUGCUGCUGCUGCUUCUCCUCUUCCUUAUGGGGGGCCCUCAGUGGUCUCUCCCUUCCCAGACUCAGCAGCUCCUGCUCGCUUCUCUGAGGCCCCCUGGCCUGCUUCUCCCAUUGCUGCUGCAGCAGUCUCUCCUCUCUCUCCUGCUGCUGCUGCUGCUGCCUUCGAGACCAAGCAGCAACAGCAAAUAAGCACUGGGGGCCCUUCCCCUUGGAGUGACGGCUUAGAAUCUCGGGGCCCCGCAUCGCCUCUGAGAGGGCCCCCGGGGGCCCCCUCAGAAGGACCUACGAGCAGCGUUACACAGCUUGAAAACACAGAGGGAGGCUGGCAGCAGCAGCAGCAGCAGCAGCAGGGGCAGGGGGCCGUCGCCUCAUUUGAAGCGCAAGGCCUGGCUGUGGAGAAUCGCGAGCAGCAGCAGCCGUUUCAGCAGCAACAGCAGCAGCAGGAGCAUCAGCAGGAGCAGCUGGAUUCGUUUGAUUGCUGGGGAGACUGGAGCGCUCCCCCGUUGCAGCAGCAGCAGCAGCAGCAGGGCCCUGCAGCCCCCCCGCCCUCUUUGGGCUCGAGUGAGGCAGCAGCACGAAGUGCAGCAGCUUCAGAUCCGCACGAGACACAGCAGCAAGACCACGUGCAGCAGCAGCAGCAGCAGCAGCAGAUGCUGCUGCAGCAACAGCUGCAGCAGCAGCUGCUUAAGCUGCAGCAGCUAGAAGCCGAGCCUUUAGGAGACUCGCAGGGACAAGCGAAGGAGCACCGUGCUGCAGCAGAUGAGCAGCAGCAAGAUCAGCAGCAGCAACAGUGUCAGCAGCAGCAACAAGAUCAGCAGCAGCAGACUACAGCCUCCCAACUGCAGCAAGGAGCCAGUGAAGACAGCCCAUCUGCUGUCUCCAGUAUGCUGCAGCAACCAUCAGCAGCAGCAGCUACAGCAGGAAUUGAGCACCAGCAGCAGCAGCAGCAGCAGCAGGACCUCUUUAUAGGAAACGGGGUUCUGGCGGGGCAGCAGCAGCAAUCUGCUAGGUCAGAGCAAGAGCACGAGCAGCAGCAGCAGCAGCAGCAGCAGCAGCAGCACGAUAGCGCUGGUUCUGGAGCAGCAGCAGAUCUGGCAGCCCGUGAUGUAUGGGCCCCCUCUUCUGCAGAGUAUGCAGCAGCAGCAGCAGCACCUGCAGCAGCAGCACCUGCAGCAGAAGCAGUGGCACCUGCAGCAGCAUCAACAGCAGCAACUGCUGCUGCUGCAGAAGGUCUAGGAGCUGUAGCGACAGACGGAGUCAGUGAGGGUUUGCUGCUGCUUGCUGCUGACUUGAAGGGAGAGAAGCAGCAGAAAGAAGCAAAUAAAGAAUCAUGUGAGGCGGCAGAUGGAGAGACACUCCAGCUGCGGGGACACCCAGCUGUUACUGCAGCAGACGCAGACGACGCUGCUGCUGUGGGGCCCCACAGCGGCCUCUGGCACCCUCCUCAGCAUGAACAACAACAAGCAGCAGCAGCAGCAGCAGCAGCAGCAGCAGGAGGGUCCCCUUUGCUGCUGAGCGUCGGCAUUCGAGGGGAAGCCUGCGCUGCUUCGGAGGGUGAGGAGAGGAAGCUCUCAUCAGGGUCGGUGCGGCAGCAGGAGCCCAGCAGCAGCAGCAGCAGCAGCAGCAGCAGCAGGCCCUUGCCUUUAGGGGCUCUCAGCAGCAAAGACAGCGCAUGCAUUUCCUCUGAAGACCACCGAGGGCUUUGUCGUAGCUCCAGCGAUUUGCAGUCGGCGUUCUCUCCACCUGAACAGCCACCAACACCAGAUUGUGCUGCUGCUGCUGCUGCUGCUGCUGCUGUUGCUGCAGGUGAAGCAGCAGAAGCAGCAGCAGCAGCAGGGGAAGACGGCAGUUUCCCCUCUGGACAGCAAGAAGCGGAGGAGCCGAAGUCGCAGCAACAGGAAGCCCUUUCACCACCCGCUUCAACAGCAGCAGCAGCAGCAGCAGCAGCAACAGCAGCAGCAGCAAGUCGAGACACCACUUCGGAUGGCAGCGAAGCACCUCAGGAGGUGCAGCCGACACAGACAGCGUUUGAUCCCGCUGCAGCUGCCGCACAACAAGAGCAGCGGCAACAGCAGCAACAAGAGCAGCAGCAAGAGCAGCAGCAGCAACAGCAGCAGCCGCAGCAGCAGCAGCAGCAGCAGCAGGGUGUCACUGGUGGGGCUGCAAGUCGGUUGCUGCGCGCUUUGCCUUUUAAUUUUGUUUUACGGGGGGGAGGGCCGAAGCAGUCUCCACCUUCAGCAACAGCAGCAGCAGCAGGAUCUCCAGCAGCAGCAGCAACAGCAGCAGGAUCACCAGCAGCAGCAGCAGCAGCAGAUGCUGGGGUGGCCUUGCAGGGCCGUACAGAAUUUGAACGGCUGCUGCAAGAGGGGCGCAACACACCGACGAGCAGCAGCAGCAGCAGCGGAGCGACAGCAGCAACAGCAGCAGGAUCACCAGCAGCAGCAGCAGCAGCAGCAGGAGCAGCAACCGAAUUAGCUGUCAUGGCGAGCGGGGCAGCAGAAACACCCCCCCCACCACCACCACCACCAGGAGCACCUGCAUCAGCAGCAUCAGCAGCAGCAUCAGCAGCAGCAGCAGGAGGUCAGCCUCGUACUGCAUACAGUUUAUUCUUAGAGCGGCUGAAGCACCCGUCUUGUAGUGCUGCUGUCUGCAGCAUGCGUCGCUUCGUUGAAUCCUUCCCUGUGGGGCUUUCGAGUGCAGCAGCAGCAGAUAUGCUGCAUACAUUUGCUGCGAAGGUGCUGCUAAUGCUGCGACAGACUGAAGCUUUUGCUGGGCUUGAAGAGACACCAGAGGCAGCAGCAGAUGGAGGUGAAGCAGGCGAAGCUCUUGAGAAGUUUCUUAUUCAGAAACUCUAUGCGCUUCUUCCUAAAGAGACAAAAGAAGAUGUGCAAGAAGACAAAAUAUUAUGUGAAAAGAUCCAGCUGCUUUCUUGGGUGCAGCCGAAGCACUUAGAAAUACCCGAUUGGAAUGACUCUCCUGCAGCAGCAGCAGCAACAGCAGCAGCAGCAGCAGCAGCAGCAGGAGCAGCAGCAGGAACAGCAGCAGGAACAGCAGCAGGAACAGCAGCAGCAGCAUCACCAGAAGGAGGGACAGAAGCAGCAACAGCAGCAGCAGCAGAAGGAGGAGAACCAGCAGCAUCACCAGGUACAUCAGCAGCAGCAGCAGAAGCAGCAGGAGCAGCAGCAGGAGCAGCAGCAGCAGCAGCAGCAGGGGGUCUGUUAAACUUUGAUGCAGUGGUGGGCUCUGCUGCAGCAAAGCUGCAGAAGAUGCAUUUAGUAAGGGCUCCUCGGGAUAAGCUUCGGCUUGUUUUAUUUGCAUGCAAGCUGCUGAUGUCAGCCCUAGAGCAAAGGAAGCAAACAGCACCUGCAGCAGACGAUUUGCUGCCUCUGCUGAUAUAUACUUUAAUUAAGGCGAACCCUCCAAAGCUAUACAGCAACAUUCAGUUUGUUGCAGUGUACAGACACCCGAAUCGCAUGCACGGCGAAGAAGCAUACUUCUUCACGCAUCUUUGCUCUGCUGCUGCUUUCAUUAAAGCUGUUGGUGUAUCUCCGGGGGUGCUUCUGUGUAUUGACCCCGAAGAAUAUGCAGAUAAGAUGCGAAAAGCGCAGAUAAACCUCAAACUGCAACAGCAGCAGCAGCAGCAGCAGCAGCAGCAGGGGCAGCAGCAGCAGCAGCAGCAGCAGCAGGGGCUUUCUCCUGCUGCACCUGCUGCUGCUGAGGGAACGGCAACAGCACUUGCUGCUGCAGCAACAGCACUCAGCACCCUCAAAUACCUGAGGCAGGGAGACGAAGAUACAAAUAAAGAAGCUGAGGUGUCUGUGCAGCAUGUUGGGGUUUCUUUGCUGCAGCGGCAGCAGCAGCGGCAGCUGCAACUGCAGCAGCAGCAGCUGCGGCUGCUGCUGGCUCAAGCAACCAACGCCCCUCGCACAUUCUGCGGUGUACGUACAGCAGCAGAAUUAAAAGUAGGAGACUUAGAAGCUUUAUUAGGAGAGUAUAAUGAAUUAGUAGGGGUUAUAGACAGAGCAGUGCUGCUGCUGCAGCAGCAGCUAAGGCUAGAGCAAGAAGCUAGCUCCCUGCAGCAUGCAGCAGCAGCAGCAGGAGCAGCAACAGCACCUUCGGAUGGUUCGAGUUAA